AUGGGCUAAAUAGGUGGUGUAGGAAACCAAACAGCACGGCAUAGCCGAGGCAUCGGACGAGACAAGCGCGAGAUAAAAAGACGCGCGGUCAGAGACCUAAGCAUCCGCGGUGGCGAUUUGGACGAAAGCGAGCUAGUGACGACAACUCCCGGCCAGGCGACGAUGUAAACGACGACCGACAUGAGCAGGUCUCAGCUGCUGCGCGCAGCGAGCAGAAGAUGACCGGCAACAGACAGCGCUGGGGGAGAAACUCGCCAGCAUGAUUCGGAGCGGGCCACGGACAACGCCGCCGCGAUCAAGGCGAGCACGACCAAGGAAGGGGCCUCGGCAACUUGGAGGAGCAGGGACUGGGCAAGCGCUUGAACAGCAAUACCGACGCGAAGAGAUGAAAACCAGAGCAGCGAGCCGGGAACAAGGAGCAGGGGCGCGUGCCACCAUGGCGGGCUGGUCGGCCAGCACGAAGAGGCGACGGCGAGGGAGAUCCGAGCUGGAGGAAGCUUCCGGCGAUGGCGAGGGAGCUCGGCUGUGGAGAGAGAGCCCGCAGAAAUUCCGGCACCGAGCACAGGAGAUGUCGCAUCUUCCAGGGGCGAAUAGGGAACGGGAGGAGGAAGAGGAGUGGCCGAGCCAGAGCCGGCGCGCGCGAGGACCUAGGGAGAGGAAGAGGGUCGCGAGCUGGAGGAGCUCAGCUGGACGCAGACGCCAGGGCGCACCAGAGAAGUCGGCGCGGCGGCCAUGGGAAGGGGAGGGAGAGCUCUGCUGGGCGCCAUGGGAGCUGAGGAAGAAAAGACGGAGCUCCAGCCGGACGCCAGGAAGAAGACCGAGCUGGGCGCAGUGGAGGAAGUCCAGGGCGCGGCUGAGGGCGGGGCCGAGCAGGGAGCCGGCUGGGGGAAGAAGAAACGCUCGGCGCGCAGAGGAAGGAGGAGCGGCUCUGCGGCUGUGCCUGUACGCGUGAAAUAGAACAACGGCGGGAUUUUUUUUGUUCCAGGACACAGCGACGCAAUUCCUGAUAAGGCUCAUGCAAAAAAAAAUCAAGAGAGGAAGGCGGCGGGAGGAUAGGGAGAAGAUAUUUUUCCUUUUUUUUUGUAAUUUCUUUCUUCUCUUUUUUUACCGAAAAAUCAUAGAUAUUUUGGAUCUCGAUUUUUUCUAGCGAUGUAUACAGGGUAGACAGUAAUUGUGACACAGUUUUGAU